GUUGUGAAUUUUCUCAGGUGAAGAAGGAAACCCAAAAAUUGGGGUGUGAAAAAUGGAGAAAGUGACGGAGAAACCCAAAUCGGAGACGACGAUGCAAGCUCCACCUCCGCCGAACCAUCAGAUGGAUGCAGACGACGACGACGAGAAUGUGAAACAGCUAAAGGAGUGUUCUUCUCUGUAUUUGUCUUUACAGGAUUGUCUCGUUGAUAGCAAUAGGGAUUGGAAAUCUUGCCAGAAACAUGUUCAAGCUUUGAAGGAAUGCCAUGAAAGGAGAAUGAAGAAAUGAAACAGAGAUUAAGUAAAGCUACAUCUGAUUGAUUAGUUACUUCUUAUAGAGUAAUCCCAUUUUUGAAUAAAGAACGAUUCUUUUGUAUUCCUCUUUGUUGUGUGGUCUUUUGAAGGAUUGCAAAAUGCAAAAGCUUUCAUACAAUACAAUGUAAUCUUGGUUCUUUUUGUUAAUUGCACAGAACCUUUCUCUUGCUGUUAGUCAUCUCUUGAGUUCUUUUUAUCUGAGACUUAAUAAGAGGGUAAUAAGAAAA